CUGCUCUCGGCAAGCGAAGCACGACUAGGCGCCGCCAUGAGCUCCAUGCUGGACGUCCGGAACCUCUACCAGAACCUGCUCAACCUCUCGCUGAGCGAAGACCUGGAUGCGCCGACCUCCACCUUCUCCUGCAACCUCUCGGCCUGCUCCGAGCCGGCGCUGCCCGGCAGCGGGGACUCGGCACUGUGGCCCCUGCGCAGCCCCUGGAGCCCCAAGGGCGAGCAGCCGCGCCCACCCUUGCGCCCGGACCGCUCGGUCAGCCUGAUCGAAGGCAAGGCGGCCCACCCGCUGCCACCGCCGCCGCCCGGCUUCCCGCCACUCAAGCAGCCCGGCCUGCCCGCCCCGUCGUCCCGCUACAAGACAGAGCUGUGCCGCACCUUCAGCGAGAGCGGCCGCUGCAAGUACGGCGCCAAGUGCCAGUUUGCCCACGGCUCGUGCGAGCUGCGCUCCGUCAGCCGCCACCCCAAGUACAAGACGGAGCUCUGCCACAAGUUCUACCUUCACGGCGAUUGUCCCUACGGCUCCCGCUGCCACUUCAUCCACUUCCCCGAGGAGGCGCAGGUCUUCGGCAGCCAUGGGCCCAGCGGCACCUCCCCACAGCUCCUCCGCCAGAGCGUUAGCUUCUCCGGGGUGCCCACUGCCCGCCGCGCCUCCCCGCUACACGGCCUGCCUGACCCGGCCUCCUUCGCCCGGGCGCCCUCCGUGUCGCCGCCGCCUCCACCCGCCUCCACCACCGAGUUCCUGUCGUCGCCCUUCGAGCGCCUGACGCUGGACCCGCUCGCCCUGGUCUCGUCCUUCGGGGGGGACUCGCUGCCGGCGGCCCCCGCCGGAGGCUGCUGCUCCUGCCGCUGCAGGAAGCCAGCCGGCGGGGGCGCCUCGCUCCAGAGCCACCGGGACUAUUUCUCGGCCGCCCCUGGGACGCCCCCGUCGGCCCUGCCCAGGACCCCCUCCGCCAACUCGCUCUCGGACCCCGACUGCUACAGCAGCAGCAGCAGCCUCAGCGGCUCCGACUCCCCAGUUUUCGACCAGCACCCUGUCGGCGGGCCGGCGGGGACCCCUCACCGCCUGCCCAUCUUCAACCGGCUUUCGGUCUCGGACUGAGCGCCGGACGGGACGCUUCCAGCUUGCUGUCGAUUGCAACGGAGGGGGCCACCCUCUGGAUGAGAUCCCUUCGGAGGGGGGGACCCCAAGGUCCUGAACUGAUGCCAGCUGUUUUUCGGGGGCUUCUCGUUAAGCCCUCCUCUUGCCUGUUCUUUUUGGGGGGGUGGGGUGGGGGGGCUUUUCCUGCUUCCCACCGGCCGGCCUUACUGCCCUCAAGAGGCCUGGGAAAUGCGGGGUGUCCUGAAAGCAAACGGGGUUCCAGCCUAUUCAAGUUUCCCUUUCCCCACUUAGUGCCUUAAACGGAGCCUGCAAGGAGACUCCAGACUGAGCAGUUAUGCAGAGGGGUGGGCCAAGUCCUUGCCUCCCUCUCCCUCCCCGAGUGCCUUACGGCUGUAUAUAUAUAUAUCUGUGUGUGUGUUUUGGGGGGAGUCAGAUACUUGGGCCUUGGAACUGUCUCAAAAAUCACCUUUCAGGGAGCCAGGAAGCCAAGAUGGGGAGUCAAUUUGAUUUUCUCUCUGGUUUUGCAUAAACCCCCUGGCCGGGUUGAGCUGUGCUGAGAGGGGCAGUGGGGGUGGACCAGCCUCCCUCCCUCCCUCCCUCAAGAGAUUCAACUGUAAGGAGAUUGGUCCCUUUUUAGGGAUCCACUCCCUCCCCCCAACCUGGAAAAGUCUGGAGAAGUGCAAACAAACAAAGGAUCUUUCUUACUCUUGAGACUCACCGGGUGUUUGCAAACUUCCAUCACUUGCAGAUGGGGGGACUUCAACCCCCAGAACUCCACCCAUCUCCAAGUGACAGGUGCUGAUCUAACACCUGAGCAUUAUGCCAAAGGUUACCUGUCCCAGGGAGAAAAGGGACGUGGACUUGUAUGUAGCAGCUUUAUUUGUUUU